GUGAGUUUAGCAGCUGUCAGUUCGUGCUGCUGCUCUAACGUUGAUGUUUUGUGUCAGGAUUUAGUUGUCAGAGUGGUUUUAAUAAAGUUUUUCGUGUGUCAAAAUGCCCAAAGGAGGCAAGAAAGGUGGCCACAAGGGUCGCAUGCGGACGUACACCAGCCCAGAGGAGAUAGACGCCCAGAUGAAGGCAGAGAAGGAGAGGAAAAAGGAUGAAGAAGAGGGUGCAGCUCAGACUGACGUGGCGGAGGACAAGCUAACGGCAUCGGGAUCAGAAGACAGCGAUGAUGAAGGUUCCCAGAGGAGGAGAGCGGGCGUGGAGGGCUUGAUAGAAAUCGAGAACCCCAACAGAGUAGCUCAGAAAUCCAAGAAGGUGACGCACAUCGAGCUGGAUGAGCCCAAGCAGCUAUCAAGAAGAGAAAGAGAGGAGAUUGAGAAACAGAAAGCGAAAGAGCGUUACAUGAAGAUGCACUUGGCAGGGAAGACGGACCAGGCCAAAGCUGACCUCGCUCGCCUCGCCAUCGUCAGAAAACAGAGAGAGGAGGCUGCAAAAAAGAAAGAAGGGGAGAAAAAAGCAAAAGAUGCAAAAGAAGCAGCAGCAGCAGCGGCUAGAGGAAUGAACUCCCUCUCAUUGAAAUGAUGCAGAGUAUUUAGAGCCAUUUUCACACAUCUAUGGACUGGCGCAAUAUAUAUAUAUAUAUUUGACUAUUUUUAAAGGAAGAGCUAUGAAGAGUAUUUCACUUUACUGUAACAUAUUACCAUUUGGAAAAUGGUUAAGGAGAAACCGGAGGAGAGGGGAAUGGAAUAAUGGCAGCGUUGAUCCCUCCAGGAAGUAAAGCUACUAUUGAGAACACAUCGGUCUUCACGUACACUUGGAAUGAACCCCUUCUAACCUAUGAGCCUGUACAUGAAAUUAAUGAUGGUAUACUGAUCAUUGUACAACUGCAACUUUGCUUACUGAGCUUUGCCACUAAGUUUCUUUUUUUGGGGGAUCUGACAUUGUAUAUAACUGAGUCAUGAAAAUAUUUCAGAUUAAUAUGAUGAAACCCAUAAAAUGUGUUUGCUCAUUUCUUUA